AUGGACGACUUUGGUGGUAACGAUGCCAAGUCCAAGGAGGUCGUCCGCCUGUGGCGCGCGUGGAGGACGGUUCACGAGAUGAUUGCGGAUCGCGAGUAUGAACUGUCCGAAGAUGAAGUCAAAAUCUCCCUCGAUCGCUUCCGCGAGGAAUACUGCUCCCCAGAUGGCUCUGUCAACCGCGCCAAACUCAACUUCUCCGCCCGUCCCAGCGAAUCCAUGAUGCGCAAGUCCGUACCCGCGCCCACAGCCGCCAACCCGAACCCGGGCCCCGACUGCGGCCCCGUCUGGGUCGAGUUCCUCUCCGACAAGACCUUUGGUAUCCAGCAGAUCCGCGCGUUUGCAAAGUACAUUAUCACAAACAACUACAAGGCUGGCAUCAUGGUCUGCCACGUCGCGCUCUCGUCGGCGGCGCGCAAGUCGCUUGUCUCCGUGGAGAACAUGGUGAAGAUCGAGUGCUUCCUCGAGGACGACCUGCUCGUCAACAUUACGCACCACGAGCUCGUGCCCAAGCACGUCGUCCUGAGUCGGGAGGAGAAGGCGGCGCUGUUGAAGCGGUACAGGCUCAAGGAGACGCAGCUACCCCGAAUCCUCAGCAAGGAUCCCGUGGCGCGGUAUCUGGGGCUGCAGAGGAGUCAGGUUGUCAAAAUUAUCAGGACGAGUGAGACGGCAGGCCGAUAUGCAAGUUACCGUCUCUGUGUCUGA